UAUAAAGUGUCUCUUUGGAUAACACUACACGGGUUGGAUAGAAGAAACAAGGAAAUAUGAAUGCGAUAGUGGAAGCUUUUGCCUUUUUUUUGGGGUUUCUCGGCUGGCUAAUGGUUGGGAUUGCCCUUCCCAACCGAUACUGGAAGGUCUCUACAGUGGAUGGUAAUGUUAUCACCACAUCAACCAUCUAUGAAAACCUUUGGAUGUCCUGUGCAACUGACUCCACAGGAGUUCACAACUGCCGAGAUUUUCCAUCUCUGCUCGCACUUAAUGGGUACAUUCAGGCCUCCCGGGCCCUCAUGAUUGCUUCCAUUGUGUUUGGGACUUUUGGACUCGUGGCCACUCUUGCAGGAAUGCAGUGCUCAAAAAUAGGAGGAGAAAACUACAUUUUGAAGGGGAGGAUCGCUGCCAUUGGAGGAGUGUUCUUUUUAAUACAAGGGAUUUGCACCAUGAUUGCUGUAUCUUGGUAUGCAGCCAACAUCACACAGCAGUUCUUUGACCAGUUUUAUCCAGGGACAAAGUAUGAGAUUGGCGAGGGCUUGUAUAUCGGCUGGUCUUCAGCCACUCUUGCCAUUUGUGGAGGUUCAUGCCUAUUGUUUGCUUGCAAAAUCAAAACUCCCAGUGAGAAAAUCCCAUAUCCAUACCAGCCACCUUCCAGAGGACAUGUGCUGUCAGCUGUGACAACGUCCCAGUCCGUCCCAAGCAACUACGGAAGAAAUGCAUAUGUCUAAGAGGUGACUGUAAGAGGGAAAG